AGCUUUUACUCCCCCCUCAGUUCUCCACGCACACACACACACACACACACACACACACACACACACACACACACACACGUUGGUCAAUGGCCCUGCGUGUGCGGAAAUGAGCUCUGGGAGUGAGUCACCUGAGAGACUGAAGAGGCUGAGCUGAACUGAGUGGGCCCGCUGGACACGGUGGCCAUUUUACAGUGACUAUCAGUUCCUGUUCCCUACAAACAGCCUCUCCAAGUCCAUCUGCCUGACCAGAGACACAAGUUGGGGUCUAAAAGUUUCUCCCUCUCCAUGCCUCAUAAGGACUGCGUGAUUAUCUCUUUCUCAAUGGAUCACCCAGAUCAGCCUUGAAGAUCAACCUCUUCAGCCCGAUCAGCAUGAAAAGCUGGAGCAUUAAAUUCAAGAGACAGGGGCCUGACAGUGUGCUCGGGUCCUCCUCUAUUAAGAGGAACUCCAUUAGUGAUCCACCAGUGCCUGUGUGGGUUACUCACACACCCACACCAGAUAACAUCUCAGAUGAUGGUGUUUCAAAUGCCAAAGGCUGCACAUCCAACACAUCCACGUUGUAUGCAGAAAAGGAGGGGCAAAAUGGGAGCGUGAAGGACAGGCUGAAAUCCCUCAUCCUUCAGUCAUGGGGGGGCAUCAUCUAUAAAUGGAGAAAGGAAAAUGACAGUUUGAAUGCCUCUGAAGUCAGCACCAGUAAGAUCCAGAUCCUUCCUAAUGGGACCAGAGUGAGCCCUCCUGUAAGUCCCCUGCUGGAGCGCAGGAACUGGGGGGAAUCACUUGGCAACUCGAGCCAGAACUCCCAUAAGCCCUUGUUAAGAGAGAGCGCUUCUGACAAUCUGUUUGAUCAGGUCCCGCGAGAGGAAUCUCUCCUGACCAGUAUCCACCCUGCAGAGUACUACGCCGAGAAGCUGGAGGUUUAUAACCUGAAGUACUCUUAUUUGAAAUCCUGGCCAGGGUUGCUCAGACUUCUUGCCGGACUUCAGCUCCUUUUUGGGGGCAUGGUCUUAGCCUGUGUCAUCUCCUACGUACACAAAGACAGUGAGUGGUCCAACAGCUACGGAAUCUAUAACGGUGCAUACAACAAUGGGCUAGGCAUGUCUGGGUACAGCUACAGAGGCCCAAUGACUCCCUUCAUACUGGCAGUGGCCGGGCUCUCCUGGAUUAUAACCUUCAUGCUCUUAGUGAUAGGAAUGACAAUGUAUUAUCGGACCAUACUCCUUGACGCCCCCUGGUGGCCUCUGACAGAGGGCUUCAUCAACGUGGCGCUGUUCCUGCUCUACAUGGCAGCGGGGAUUGUAUAUCUGAAUGACUUGAACCGUGGGGGACUGUGCUACACAACAAUAGGCGUUAAUCCCAUAAUGGCCAAUCUGUGUCGGGUUGAUGGGGGCCAGAUGGCGGGAACAGCUUUCAUAUUCAUCAACAUGGCAAUGUAUCUGGGAAGCUUCCUGGUGUGUCUGAAGAUGUGGAGGCAUGAGGCUGCACGUAGGGAGCGGGAGUACUUUGAGAGCAAGCCCCGGGAGGAGUUUCACCAGUCCAUCCCAAUCACUCCUGUAAAAACAAAGCACAUAUCCUUCAAAGAUGAAAACAAUCAAGAUGACUUCAAUCCAAAUGCACUUACCGCUGAGGUCCAUCAGAACCCAGUCAGCCUGAGCAGAGCCCCAGCGCCUGAACAUAACCCCAAAUUACACAUCAUCGCAGACUACAUCAAAAAGUACCCGCAGAUCAACUGUUUGGAAGACAGGGAAAAGUACAAAGCCGUUUUCAAUGACCAGUAUCAGGAAUACAAGGACCUUCACAGAGAAAUAAGCACCACCCUGAAGAAGUUCAUAGAGCUGGAUGCCAUGAUGGCACGACUCCUCAGAGAGGGAAAAAGCCCAGAGGACCAGCAGAGGAUUCAAAGCCUUUUGAAGAAGUAUAAACAGAAAAAGAGUGACCCUGGCUUCCUCGAGAAAAGGGAACGCUGUGACUAUUUGAAAGCUAAAUUAAGCCACAUCAAAAACAGAAUCCACACUUUUGACCAGGACGCCGUGGAAAACGUUUGGACGUGAAGAAGAACAGACAGAAAUAUCAGCAGCACAAAAAAUUAACCUUUUUGUUAUUGAUUCUUUGUUUCUUUUUGGGGAUUUGUUGCUUCUGUACAUUGAUUGCAUUUUGAGCAUAUUAUAAUUUGAACGUAAAUUCUGUUUUUCACUCAGGAUUAAUUAAAUACAUUAUUAGACAUGUUUGUAUAGCAUCAACAUGAAACAUGUUUUUUGUUACACUAUUCUUACGAUGCUAACAGUAUAAGGGCUACACGAUACAUUCCUUUUGUACGGCGUUCACGUCAUGUUUCCUUUUCCUGUUGUUGAGUGUAAAUGAAAGUUCUACCAGUGAUCGCAGUUUCUUUGAUUUACGUGUAUUGUAUGCUGUUUCUUAUUUGCACUGCCAUUUUUAUUUUUCUUCUACAACUUAGUUUUGAGCUGGUGUUGGCAGUUGGUUUAACUCUGGGCUAAAUUGUUACAUCCAAGUGUUAAAGGGGUGCUUGAUAAUCCAUGAUUUUUGUUUUUCUUCUGCUUCACAAUUCCUUCAAUAGGCUUCAGAGGAGUUUAGUGAGUGUUGAAACAUGAAUCUUGGCACUAGUAUUUUGGAGUUGUUACCCUAUCAAGCUCAGUAAACAGACACUUGAAAUGAUUGUUAUUCAAGCAUUGAAUUGUUAGCCUGGUACAUUGCUUAAUAUAGAACACCAGAAAGACAUUUAGAUAAUAGAAAAAAAUCCCAAAAGACAGAGGACCGCCACAAUCUCUUUUGAUAGGCUGUACAAUUUAAACAGCAGUGAGCCUCCAUAGUGUUAGGAGACGGACAGGGUUAGGGUUAGGUUAAUCUAAUCCACACAGUAUUCAGGGAUGGGAGAAAAACGUGCUCUGGUUCAUUGGCGUUUCUUUAAACCAAUCACAAUCGUCUUUGGUGGUGCUUAGCGCCGGACGGAGCCCC